AUGGACAUCUUUAAACUGUUCUUAGUGAAACUCUGUCAAAAUGAAACAUUUUCUGCGCAAAUCACAAACUUGGCCAAUGACAAACCAGUAUCUAAAGAUAGCUCGUUACGCUACCUGGAUCCUUACCUUCAUGAUGGAAUCAUACGACUAGGAGGAAGAAUUCGUACUGGAGAUGCUCUGUCUGAUGAACAUGGCCCAAUCAUUAUCCACGGGAAAACUUACCUAGAUCGUCUUCUUGUUCUACACAGUCAUGAAGUUGUGAAGCAUCAGGUAAGACAUUUAACUGAGGGAGUUGUUCGUUCAUCCGGAUAUUGGGUGAUUGGUGGAAAGAGAUUAAUAUUAUCUAUCAUACAUUCAUGUGUUACCUGCAGAAAACUCCGAGGUAAACUGGAGCAUCAGAAGAUUGGAAAUCUUCCAGAAUGCCGCACAAAACCGUCACCUCCAUUUACCUAUGUGGGCGUGGACGCAUUCGGACCAUGGGAGAUCACUACACGCAAAACCAGAGGAGGUUCAGCUAACAGCAAACGCUGGGCUAUCUUAUUCACCUGUCUGACAUGUCGAGCCAUACAUAUAGAGUUAGUGGAAGAUAUGUCAUCACCUACAUUUAUCAACGCUCUCAGGCGUUUCAUAGCGGUAAGAGGAAAAGUUACAGAAUUUCGUUCGGACAGAGGUACGAACUUUGUCGGCAGUACAGACGCACUAGGAAUCACAGCAGUUAACAUAGAAAGUUCGCCAGUGAAGAAGUUUCUUACAGACAGUGGAUGCUCUUGGAUCUUCAACCCACCCCACUCUUCCCACAUGGGAGGGGUGUGGGAGAGGAUGAUUGACAUCGCCCGACAAAUCUUGGAUUCUAUGUUUGUAAAGGAAACAAAUAAAAACCUUACUCAUGAUGUGUUAAACACUCUCAUGGCAGAAGUUAAUGCAAUCAUAAAUAGUCGACCCAUAGUACCUGUAUCAACUGACCCAUUUCAACCCUCUGUGCUAUCUCCAUAUACCCUGUUAACACAGAAGACCGGACUGGAUGUUGGACCAUUUGAGCCAUUUGAUGUCAAGGAUAUGUACAAAUCCAAUUGGAAAUACAUACAGAUCUUAUCCGACCAAUUCUGGAGGAAGUGGCGCUCACAAUAUCUUCAGUUAUUACAGUCCAGACACAAGUGGGUUGACCCUCGAAACAAUCUUACUGAAGGUGAUGUCGUACUCUUGAAAGAUCAAGACUCUGUCAGGAACGAAUGGCCGAUGGGUAUUGUUGUACGUGUCUUUCCAGGUGAAGAUGGGAAAGUGCGCAAAAUCUAA